GCUCAUUUGACCCUCGGUGCGUGGACCGGUGAGCCAACAGUUUCUCAAAGCUUCCCAUCAAAGCUCUUAUCGUGGAAAUGAAGGUCCUGGUUUUUCUGCUUCUGCUGGGAAUCAGCCGACAGGGCGCAGCUGCAGUGACUCACUCUCUGAAGCAUUUCUACACUGCGACUUCUGGAGUCCCAAACUUCCCAGAGUUUGUGGCUGUUGGGUUGAUUGAUGAAGUUCAGGUGUUUCACUACAACAGUAACACCAGGAGAGCAGAACCCAGUCAAGACUGGAUGAGCAGAGUCACAGAAGAGUAUCCUAACUUCUGGGAGGGGAAAGCUCGUAACUGUAAGGACACACAGCAGACCUUCAUAGCCACCAUUGACAUUUUGAAGAAGCGCUUCAACCAAAUAGGAGGUGUCCACGUUUUCCAGAGGAUGGUUGGCUGUGAGUGGGAUGAAGAGACUGGAGAGGUGAAUGGUUUCACUCAGUGGGGUUAUGAUGGAAAAGACUUCAUAUCAUUUGUCCCGAAGACAGAGACUUGGAUCGUUCCAACACCACAGGCUAACAUCACCAGAAAGAAUUGGGCUACUAACAAAAACUAUAUGGCACAGACCAGGACCUAUUUCAGACAGAUUUGCCCUGACUGGCUGAAGACGUUUGUGAGCUAUGGGAGGAGCUCUCUGUUGAGAACAGACCUUCCCUCAGUGUCUCUCCUCCAGAAGACUCCCUCCUCUCCAAUCAGCUGCCACGCUACAGGUUUUUACCCCGACAGAGCCAAGAUGUUCUGGAGGAAAGAUGGGGAGGAGCUCCACGAGGACGUGAAGAUCCUCCCCAACAACGAUGGAUCCUUCCAGAUGAGCGUUGACCUGAAUGCUCCACCUGAAAACUGGGGGAAGUACGAAUGUGUUUUUCAGCUCUCUGGUUGGAAGGACGACAUCAUCACCAAACUGGACAAAACAAACAUCAGGACCAACAGAAAUGCAGAAGAGAAGCCCACUAACAUCACCCUGCCCAUCAUUGCUGGAGUGCUUUUUCUUCUUCUCGUGCUUUUCGUUGUGAUUGGAUUCAUCACUUACAAAAAGAAGAAUGGUGUUUUAUGAAGGACAGCUGUAACGGAAAGUUAAGUUUUGUUUAAUAUUUGCCUGUGAAUUACGCUUCUUGCCUGGCUGGAGUUUUUUUUAAAGAUAUAUUUGAUAGGCUUUAAAAAUAUCCUCAGUGUGCACAUGAUGACUGUCUUUGUUACUUUAUUUAAAAACCUGUUUUUGAUUUAUGAAAUAGUGAUGUAGCAUAAACAGUUUUUUAUUCACGAUCAUUAAUUAGGCAUGACAUUAUUAUUAUUAUUAUUAUUAUUAUGGAGUUUUAUUUUGAAUCAAAUAAGUUUUCUUUAAGGUUUUAUAUCUUUAAAAUUUGUGUGUGUGUGUGUUGGAGAGAUUAUUGAGGACACUGAUGUAUCAAGUGUAAAAAAUAUUUGUACAGAUUAGUCUUUUUGUAACAACAACAUAAAUAAUUUGUCUUUUAUUUUUAUUUCAGCCAAACGUUCUCCAUAAGUAAAACUUGUUUUUAUUCAGUUUCUCUGACCUGACUCCUGCAGUGUGUCAGAUCAGAGCAGGAUGGGGCUACAUUAAUUGAAAUGAUAUAUUUAACUAGAAGCAGAUACUCAUUGUGUCUGUUAUAGUCUUUAUGUUGGUGUGUGUUUGCGUGUUAAAAGCAGAUGUAUCCUAUUAUUGAGAAACUACAUUAUACUAGGGACCAACAAAGCAAUCAAAGUGGUAUGUGAGAAUAUCCUGCUUCAUUUUAACAGUGCGGUACUUUGAAUUGUUCAAAUGUCUACAUGGUAAAAAAAAAAAAUUUCAAUAUCAGCCGUCUCUGGCAAGGAAUUUAAUUCUUUUUACACUUCAGGGAAACCAAAGAAAUCCACACUACAGGGACAUUUUAUGUAUAGUUUUGUAAACAUAUAGAAAAUGCUCAAAAUGAUUUCUUGACCCAGGUCACAAGACGAUCUGCGCUGCUGUUUCAUUGCUUUUGUACUGUUUUACUUUUCAUUAAAAGCACCAAUAUUCCAAA